CACAGCCGCCCGAUGCGCUCUUGUCUCCGCUCUCUCCUCAGGCCAGUUCGAACCGUUGCACCUUCGCUAGCCGCCGCAGUCCAGCCGGUUCGUGUAUUCCACCGCUAGUAGCACCUCCUCCGCCGCGCGCUGCUCCCAAUCUCAAACUACUCCUAUACGGUUGUUCUGCGCUGCCGCUGAUGAUCAGCCGCGAGUCACCGGUGGAUAUUUCAGGGAAGUCAUUUACUCUUGAUCUAUAUUGCAUUCUUUUAAGAAACCUCUAUCGAUUAUUGCCUAGAUAUUAUAUAAAAUAAGUUGAUGAUGAAUAAUUUUAAUUUGGGCGAUUUUCGUAGAGGCUCUUUGAUGUAAUUGAUAAAUGGAUGCAUAUAAAUGAUUGAGAAUGAUGUUGUGAUGGUGAAAUUGUCGACACAUGGAAUACAUAUUUGAGAUUUAUGUUUGGUAUCGGGUAUAAUUGCUAGUGCAAAUGUUUUGUGGAAUUUAUUGAGGAAUUGUAAUUUUAUUGUUGAAUUCUUUUGCGUGAAGGCACGAUGGGCAAGGUGCAAGAGUUGGAUCCCUCCUACUACCCCGACCAGUGCGAGUCUAGGGUCUCUUUCUUAGUGGCCGGUCGCCCGCACCUAUUCCAGGCGUUGAGGAGUUGGCAAAUUUUGGGCAUAUUGGAGAGAAAAGCAGAACGCAGGAAGUCCUUAAGCGUGAUCACAAAGCAGAAAAAAAUGAAAAUUGUAAAAAGGUCCUUCGAGAGGAGAAGAGAAGGGGACUACCACGUUCUCUACCACGAUCUCACCUACAACCUAUUUAUGAGAGAGAAGAGAAGCGAAGGAAGAACAGUACGUACGGGAACUUUGGAGAGCAACGCAGAAGAACUUCCGGGCACCCUUUUUCUUCAUUUCUAGAAUUGGUUUGUUGUCGAUUUUUAAACUUGAAGGCAUGAUGAACUCUUUGAUUUAUUUUAUAUUUUUAAUUGCUAUGGAUUGCGAGUAGUGUAGGUAUGAAUUGAUUUUCGGGAUUGAAAUUGUGAGACUUGGUUUCGAUUAAAAUUGGUGUUCAUCGAUGUUGGGUAUUUUUAAUUCUUCUAAUUGAGGAGUUUAGAAAUCCUGAAUUGAUUAUUGCGCACGUAUCAAUUUAGUAUUUCAUAGCUAUAUGGGGGAUUGGCAUACGAAAUUGUGUAAUUUUCCAAUUAGCGUAGCAACCUAGAGAAGAACACUAUAGGGAAGAAUUAAAAUCAGUUUUUAAACAAAUCCUCGUAGGAGCUUGUUAAAUUGAAUUGGGCCUUUCUAGUUUUUACU